AUGGCUUCUUCAGAAUCUCACAAUACCACAGGGAGCGGGGAAGCAGCGAAGAAGCAUUCAACGAGCGAGCUUAUGGCAAGCGCAAAAGUGGUAGCAGAGGCAGCACAGUCAGGUUUUGGACCAGGAGCUGAUGGGAAGGCGGUAGACAAAGGGAAGGUGGCUGAUGCAGCAGCAGAUCUUCUAGAUGCAGUUGGUGAUUAUGCUAAAUUGGAUGAUCAGAAAGGGUUAGGACAGUACGUUGAUAAGGCUGCUGAUUAUCUUCAUCACUAUCAUGCUACUACCACCACCACCGCUACCGCUACCGGUGAUCAUCCAACUUCGAAACCAGGUCACCACAAAAGCGAUGAUACUGCUGCCGAAACCGACGGUGGAGAAUCAGGUGGACAUGGGCAUGGACUUGGUGAUUUUGCAAAGGCGGCCGGAGGUUUCUUUCAUAAAUGA